AUGGAAUCUUAUUCUAUCUCAGAUUCUUCAUCUAAUAAAUCCUCAUACAUGUCCCAAAACACUAAAAAACCAAAUGAAUCAAUGAAACAUGAUAAAUACCCUUUUCAAUCAAAAUAUUCUUUGCUUCACUCAGUAAGAAAGUCACCCUCAAAGACAUGGAAGAAAGCACCGUUGGUACCAACACCUAUCAAAGUAUACAAAGUGGAUCCUAUAAACUUCAAACAACUUGUUCAGCAACUUACUUGUGCACCUCAGUUCAUGCCUCCACAGCCUGACCAUCACAAUAUUCUCCAAAGCACAGACCAUAGUACCAGAACCGCGGCUAAUAUUGACUCGGUUCCUUCGAACAACUGGUACCAGUACUUUCAAGCUGAAUAUUUUGGAAAGAAUUUUGAUCAGGAGGAAGAGGCAAUGACACCUGAUUUGCUGACAAUGAAUGUGUUCUCACCAACAUCUUUUGGUAACUUCUGCUUUGUUCCUCCCAUCAUGAGCCCAACUAUUUGA